AUGUUCGUUGGAGGCCUUGGUCCUCAUAUAACUCCUCGAUCUUUGAUAGAUUACUUUUCUAAAUAUGGGGAAGUGGUAGACUCAUCGGUCGUAUUGGAUAGAGUAACAGGGCGAAGUCGAGGAUUUGGAUUCGUUAUCUUUAAAGAACUUGAAAGCGUAGAAAAGUGCAGCCAGAAACUGAGACACAUCAUAGACAACGUUAACUGCGAAGUUCGGAAGGCAGUGCCCCGCGAAGAUGCCCGGCAACAGUCUGAGAUGGGAGCCCGUUGCAAGGUGUUUGUGUCUGGAUUAGGAGACAGUACUCGGGAGAAUCACUUGCGGGAGUACUUUGAAGCAUUCGGGGCCGUGGAGGAGGCGAACAUAAAAACUGAUCGGGUGACAGGCCGGAGUCGUGGGUUUGCGUUUGUUUUGUUUAAGACCCCAGAGGCCGCGAGACAAUCGUUGGGGGCGCACCCUGAGCUUGGGCCGAUUGUGGAGGCGAAAAUUGCGGAGCCACGAACGUCGUAUUCCGCUACCGGUGGCAAGACGGACAGAAAUGGUCCUCCUCCAAGGUCAACACCCGAAUGGUCGGCGGCCAACCCCAGAAGACCUUCCCCUGGUUCCUACAGCUCCUACCUUCCGCCCAACGCCCCUUCCUUGUACCCCGCCACGGCACCCACUGUCUACGCACCCUAUCCCCACCUAGAGGUGGAACACGACACCGGUACUGUUGACGCGGGCCUCGGGGGACCUGCUUCCCUCGGUGGACCAGCUCUCGGUGGGCCUGCUUCCCGCGGGGGACCUGCUUCCUUCGGCGCACCGGUUUCUCUCGGCGGUCCUACUUCACUUGGGGGACCUACUUCCCUACCCGCUUCCGUCGGCGCAGCCACUUCCCUCGGCGGCCCUGGCCGUGGAGGAAACAUUAACGUCGGGCCAAACAUUCCUACUAGAACCAUGGAGCCACCCGACGCGCCGGGUCUCUACGACACCAGCUCCUGGGCAUCCUAUGAUGCCACAGGCACACGACACUACGACUACUCCAACACAUACGACCGACCGGACGACCUCUACGCCUCCAACACCUACCAAAGGUCCCAGCGGAACCCGAAUCAAAGAUUCAGUCCCUACUAA